AAUUUCCUUCUUUAUCUCACUCUGUUGCUCUACUUCUACGAAUCAAUCUAUCACGAUAUCCUGCCAUCUUCUUCUAGAGGUUCAAGCUACAAUGUCUUCCAAAACGACACCCACCGUCCCGCCGGUGGCUCUCGAUUCUAUCACGCAACAUAUUGGCAAUACUCCUCUUGUGAGGUUGAACAAACUACCGCAGAACCUCGGGAUAAAUGCGACGGUAUAUGCAAAGCUAGAAUACUUCAAUGCAGGCGGAAGCGUCAAAGAUCGGAUAGCUCUUCGCAUGAUUGAGGAAGCCGAACGGUCAGGCCGUAUCAAGCCAGGCGACACUCUGAUUGAACCUACCAGUGGUAACACUGGUAUUGGGUUAGCUCUCGUCGCGGCCGUCAAAGGCUACAAGACCAUCAUCACCCUUCCAGAGAAGAUGUCUGCUGAGAAGGUUUCUGUUUUACGGGCUCUUAACGCGACCAUCAUCCGGACUCCUAAUGAAGCUGCAUACGACUCGCCCGAAUCCCACAUCGGCGUUGCGAAGCGUCUUGAAAAGGAGCUACCAAAUGCGCACAUCCUAGAUCAAUAUGGUAACGAAAACAAUCCAUUGGCUCAUGAGCUCGGCACUGCGCAAGAAAUCUGGAGUCAGACUAAAGGACAAAUUAAGGCGAUCGUUGCUGGCGCGGGUACGGGUGGCACGAUUACAGGGCUCUCGCGCGGCCUGAAGAAGCACAAUUCCAACGUUCAAGUAAUUGCGGCGGAUCCCCAAGGGUCAAUACUGGCUCUCCCAGCUGCACUAAACGAGGAGCAUGCCAAUGAGCCAUACAAGGUCGAAGGUAUUGGGUAUGACUUCAUUCCACAGGUGCUAGAUCAGCACGCCGUCGACAAGUGGUACAAGACGGACGACAAAGAAUCCUUCCAGUAUGCUCGCCGUUUAAUAGCUGAGGAGGGCCUUCUCGUUGGUGGGAGCAGCGGAAGCGCAAUCGCGGCCCUGGUAAAGGCCGCUAGGGACAACAUGUUUAAAGAGGGUGAUGUUGUCGUUGUGAUUUUGCCAGACAGCAUCAGAAGCUACCUCACAAAGAUACAGUUCGCCGACGACGAUUGGCUUGCCGCCAACGAUCUCCUACCUUCGUUACCGACUGAAGUCAUCCUCCAAUCCUCCAAUAAGCAGACUCAAGGACAAGACGACGCUUUUGCCGGUAGUAAGGUUAGCUCGCUCCGGCUCAAACCAGUGACAACCGUCCACUCCAACGUCCCUUGUGAGACUGCCAUUGAAGUCAUGCGCGACAAAGGGUUCGAUCAACUUCCCGUUCUGGCACCAUCAGGCAGAAAGCUUGUCGGCCUGGUUACACUCGGAAACGUUCUCAGUCGAUUGACGCACAACCGCGCAACUGGUAGGAGCCCCGUUGCCGACGUAAUGUUUGAUUUCCGCACCAUUUCCGAGGUCGUCACCGAUCCUCGAGACAUGGGUCUUGCGAGCUUGGAGCCCAAUCAGAACGGGAGGGAUGCCCCCAAACCACAAACCAGGAGCAGGAAAUUCGUCGAGAUUACUAUGGAUACAUCUUUAAGUGUACUGAAUCGCUUUUUUGAGUGGAAUAGUGCGGCUAUUGUUACGGAAAGAGAUGAAGGUGGGACUCUAAGGCCCGUGGCUGUUGUCACGAAAGUUGAUCUUCUUACCUGGAUGCUCCAUCAUAAGAAGAACGGCGCAUCGGAAUAGACGGGUUUCUCCAUACUCAUCCGGACAAUCCAUCGAUUCCCCUCAGGUUUAUCAUUCUGUGAUUCGUAAGAUCAGACGCAAUAGAACUAG